CGUGAGGGCCGUAGUGAUCCGACAACAGGUGUUUUAGAUUUGACGCUGCGAUUCCGGUUUUCUUUAUUUCUUAGUAGUGUUCACACUAAUAUUUUUUUUAUUGUCAAAUAUAUUUCAAAUUAAUAAAGCUCGUGGUAUACCGCGAAGAAAACGUAAUUGUAAAUAAUCGUAAUGAUGUCGGAGACCGUUGUGACGAUGGACGGUUCCAGCAACAAUCCCAGCAACAAUCCUCGACAGGUGCCUACCGUGAAGACAGAACCGGUUCAACCUAGCCCUCUAGCAGACAUUAAAUUGAACGUGCCCUACUUCAUGACGAUACCCGGUAUUAUUAAACUCGUACAAGUGAUUCUUGGUAUAAUAUGCAUGAUAUGCGCAUCACCGGCUUAUACCCCUGCGACGCAUUGGUUUCUAUUUGUCAUCGUAACAUCUUUCAUCGCCACCCUAUUAUGGUGUUUCAUUUAUCUGCUGUCGAUUCGGGAGGCGCUUAAAUUACCUAUCAAUUGGAUUUUAACGGAAAUGUUGAAUACAUCGAUAUUCACCGUACUUUAUAUGAUUGCUUUCAUCGCACAGUUAUCUGCUUGGAGUGCGUUAAAUCAUGUAUAUACAUCGAGAAAUAUUGCUGCAGGGAUCUUUGCAAUCUUUAAUACACUGGCGUACUCUGCUGGGACUUACUUCCUCUACGUGGAAUGGAGAAGCAGCAGUAACACGCACUGAAGGAAAACAUAGGUACUCGAAACAAUAUCAGGUACCUGAAGAGCACCUACGACAAAGCUACUACAUUCGGGUUGUCGCAAUCGUUCAUUCAACGACCGAUGACAGCCAUAAGGUUGUAAAAAGAUCAAUGGGUCGAAGCUAGUCUAACCAGGCCCCAACUUGAUCGUGUGUGGUAGCUUAAUAAGAAACUCUUAUGUGUACGUGCCUUAAAAAUUAGUUAACGAAUUGGUGGGUCGCGCCAAUUUGUGAUUAUAGUUUUUUCUGGGAUUAUUCUCUACCUGGAUAAAUGUAAAGAGGAAUGAAGUUCAUGAAGACGGGUUGCAUCAGAAAGAUAUCGACGAUUUCUUAAGUUUUUUGUUUUCACGAGUUUCGUCGAUUCUCUUCGUUACGUGAUUCAAUCUUUCACUGUGUAAACAGAUAUGCUAAGAAGAGAAAAAUAUUAUCUUUUUAAAAAGCAAAUCAUGCUUUAAGAUCGAUAAAAUCCAUAUUGGAUUGUCGAUAUUUUCAAAUUCUAUGCAAUUAAUUUAUAUAUGUUUCAAUCGUUAAUGUACGUACCUUAUUGAGGCACUUCCCCGUCAAAUUUUCCUUUUUCACUGUACCUUUCUCACAUUAUCGCGACUUUUUAUUUAUAUGUAUACACGCAUUAUAUAUAUAUAUAUAUAUUUACAUAUACAUAUAUAUUUUAUAUAAAAUAAUAUAUUUGCACAAAUUCAAUACAUCGUUUUCUCUUUUCUUUUCUUUUCUUUUUUUUUUUUAUUUUCUUUUAAUCAUAUAGAAUAUCUAUAACGUAUAAUUUGUAUCAUUGAUCUUAAGAAAAAUUCAAUACUA